AUGACUAGGUCACCAAUUCCAGCAUCUCCUCCGAUGACAAUGAGAUAUUCGCUAUUCACUAAUACGGAUACGAAUAUGCUUUAUCCUUCGGUCACCGCAGCACUAGUACGAGAUGUCUUGUUCAUACGGAAAUACGAUGCGAACUUCCCAUUGAAAAUGGAACGUUCAUCGAUAGUUCAGUAUGCAAUGCCCAUCGAAUUGGUUCUGCCGCUUUCUACCUGUACAUUCAUAUUACAUUACAUUCGAUAUAUGCGGAGGUUUGCAUGGGAGAUUGGGGUUAUUUGGGGAUGUCGGACGGACGUUGCAUAUGGUGCCAUGUGCGAUGUGCAACUUGGUAUGUUGUGGUACGAUAAUGAUCUGCGGCGUGGGGAAAUUGUUGUUUGUAUAUCGGGUUUCGGGUCGGAGAAGGGAUAUGGGGAAAACUCGGACUACAGUCUUGAUCUAGAAUGGAGAAAGAUGGAUCAAUGCCCCGAAGAAGGGAAAAGAGGUAGGUCUUGUUUGCGGCAGGCAUUGCAAGGGCAGAGUGUAGAAGGGGCAUUGCCACAUGAUAUUCGUUCUUUCACGUACGUCUUCUGCGCGUCUUCUGCGAGAACCGUGUUCGAGAGCAACAUUUCUCACGGAGAGUCUUAUGGUAUGGAACUGGCCAUCAGCCAGGAAAAGGAAGCUGUGGCAUAG